AUGAGCGGUCCAGGAGCAGGCCACCAAUUCCCCAGCGAGGAGGUGAGCUGGUUGAAGAGAGACCUCCUUCUUUUUGCUAACAGCAUUGGCUGCACGGCUGAAGAGCUUCACUUCUUAUAUGAGCUGCACCCUAAUUUUGCAGCUUUCCCAACAUAUCCUAUCGUUCUGCCAUUUAAAUAUACUACACAAGAAGUCAUUGACUUCUAUGCCAGCAAAGCAUCUAGGGACAUCCCAGGUGUCCCUUCCUUUGACCCCCGGCGUUCGGUCGAUGGCCAAAGGAAGAUGACCUUCUAUAAACCUUUGCCGGUUACCAGUGAGGGUCGCAAGUUCGAACUACGGUCCAAAGUCCUUGGCGUAUAUGAUAAGGGAAAAGCCGGCACUGUAGUGGAAGUUGAAAACUUGAUCGUGGAUAAAGAGAGUGGGGAGGUUUAUACAAAGGUCAUUGGGAGCGGGUUUUAUGUUGGCCAGGGCAAUUGGGGUGGUCCAAAGGGGCCUGCGAGCGUCAACUUUCCUCCGCCUCAAGGGAAGACCCCCGACGUAGUUCACAAGUUCCAGACCACCGAGAAUACUUCACUACUCUAUCGUCUCAAUGGCGAUUAUAAUCCACUCCACGCGGACCCGGCUCCUGGAAAGAAAAUGGGUUUCGGAGGUAUCAUUAUCCACGGCCUCUUCAGCUGGAACAUGACUGCCCACGCUGUCCUUGAGAAACUCGGUGGCAGCGACCCCAAGAACAUGAGGGAAUUUCAAGCCCGGUUUGCCUCUCCAGUUCGGCCUGGCGAUAAACUUAUCACGGAGAUGUGGAGGACGGGUAAACUUGAGGAUGGGUUUGAAGAGAUCAUAUUCAUCACCAAGAAUGGGCAAGGCAAGGUUGUCUUGUCCAAUGGCCGUGCUCUCGUGAAGGUUAUAGGAGCCAAAAGCAAGCUUUAG